AUGUGCAUCCAUACUACGCCUGAAGAACUGGAGGAUUUUAGUACUCCGGACUUCACAAUUUAUAAUGUUGGCCAGUUUCCAUGUAAUCGAUACACACACUACAUGACUACCUCCACCAGCAUUGAUCUUAAUCUUGAUAGGAAAGAAAUGGUCAUCCUUGGCACACAAUAUGCCGGGGAGAUGAAGAAGGGUUUGUUCGGUGUGAUGCACUAUCUAAUGCCUAAAAGAAACAUUCUCUACCUGCACUCUAGCAAUAAUAUGGGCAAAGAUGGUGAUGUUGCCCUCUUCUUUGGACUAUCAGGCACAGGGAAAACUACUCUGUCUACAGACCACAACAGGCUUCUUAUUGGCGAUGAUGAGCAUUGCUGGAGUGAAAAUGGUAUUUCAAACAUUGAAGGAGGUUGCUAUGCAAAAUGUAUCGGUCUAACAAAGGAGAAGGAACCUGACAUUUGGAAUGCCAUCAAAUUUGGAACCGGCAAGUGCCCUAUCAAACUCGACAUGCACUUUGAAAUGGAACCAUUCAUAUUUUUUUGUCCUAAUGUUUGCAAAUUUCUUGCAGUGUUGGAAAACAUCGUUUUCGAUGAACACACUAGGGAAGUAGACUACUCUGAUAACUCUAUUACAGAGAACACUCGAGCUUCAUAUCCAAUUGAGUAUAUUCCUAAUGCGAAGAUACCGUGUGUUGGUCUGCACCCUAAGAAUGUCAUCCUCUUGGCAUGUGAUGCUUUUGGCGUGCUUCCACCAGUUAGCAAACUUACUUUACCACAAACAAUGUAUCACUUCAUCAGCGGUUACACUGCUCUGGUGCAUAGUCCAUUGCAUCAAGCACAUCGUUAUGCCUGCCCAUAG